AUGGAUGCUGACACGAAAGGAGAGGACUCAUGGCAGCGCUGUGGGGAAUUGGAGGUCAUGUGGGACUGGCUGUAUGACAUGGUGUGGGAGAAUGUGGCAUUGGAAAGCAUGAGGGUCGCCUGCUGCCCUUAUGGUGGACCAACUGCGAUGGUGCGCGACAAUCGGAAAAUGGUGCUGCUUCGGGGGGCAACGGCACCACCACUGGUUCGCAUAUUCAACUGUGCUGGCCACGAGAUGGGGCGGUUUAUGUGGUCAGGCACUCAAGUCGUGAGCAUGGGCUGGUCCCAGGAACAGGAGCUCUUGCUUGUGGACCCUAAAGGGCAGGUCAGAGCUUUCAGUGUGCAUGGCCGACAGCUUCCGCUGGAGUUCUCGUUGGGGGAGGCAUGCGAAACGGAGGGCAUCGCAGACUGCUGUGUUUAUAGCAGUGGGGUCGUGGUGCUCACCCAGGCAAACCACAUCUGGGCAGUGACAGACAUCAAUGAGCCACGCCCUCAGAGGCUGGCUGACCCGCCGCUGGAAGACCUGCCUCGCUGCAUGGACGUCCUGGUGACUCAAAAUCCACAAGGCGUGGAGGUCAUUUUGGGAUGUGCGGAUGGCAUCGUUGUUGCUGAUGCCCAGCAGGCCAUCUCUCCAGACCGGAUGCUCCCAGAUGAUCAGACUUUAGGGGCAGUUUCCAUCAUCGCAAUUUCGCCCAAUGGCGAGUUUGUGGCACUUUUUGUGGAAUCUGGUGCCCUCAUUGUCAUGUUGCAAGAUUUCACCACAACUCUCCUGCCAAAUUUCACACCACCCAUAGAUGGCCAACCCCUCCAGAUGGCAUGGUGUGGCAAUGAUGCCAUCGUGCUGUACUACGAUGGCGUGCUAAUGCUGGUGUCCUCAACUGGAGACUGGGUGACCUUCAACUCCCCAGAGCCAGUCGUACUGGCCAGCGAACCGGACGGCCUCAGAGUCAUUUCAACAAAAAGACACCGGCUGCUGCGGAGUGUAGACGAUGCCAUGCGGCAGGUCCUGUCACCUGAGUCAGAAGGGCCCGGGCGGCAGCUGUUUCUGGCGAGGCAGGCUUUUGAUGAGCAGGAUGCAAAGGCCGAUAAGAUACUGAGGGGCAUCAAGUCCGACCUUCAGGAGGCUGUACAGACAUGUGUAGAGGUUGCUGGAGCGGUUUGGGACACCAACACACAGCGAUCGGUGCUCAAGGCUGCAUGCUAUGGCCGUGCAUUUUGCAACCAAUUUCCCAGCCACACGAUUUACGAAAUGUGCCAAAAAUUGAGGGUAUUGAAUGCUGUGCGGGACGCGGCAGUGGGAUGGCCAUUGACAAUGGCCCAGAUGGAUACCUUGACUCUGCCUGUCGUUAUUUCCAGGUGGUGUAAACAGUUUCUUUGUCAUUGCCUUGUCAGUUGA